GUCAGCGCGCGCUCUCCAUGGAGCUCUAGUCAGACGGGGACUCGGAUGAAAACGGCGCUUCGCUCGUUGGUUCUUGCAUUCCAGCCCCCUGACGGUGGGACCCUCAGCACAGCUGCACCCAUGACUUUACAGACCUGGCUGCUGUACGGGGUUGGAUUCACUUUGGCAUCAGCGUUCUUCAUCACACACGUCCAUGGACUGCAGUGCUAUGGCUGUAAUGUUAUCCAUGGGCAGAGGUAUGUGGAUGUGGGCUGCUCCAACCCUGAGGUUAUCACCUGUACUCAUUCCCACAAAGGCUUUAAGCACCGCUUCUGCAUCAAGACAGAGAGCACGGCUCUGGGCAUUGUCCUGACUAGUGGCUGCGCUACCUCCCGCCACUGCCAACAACAGGAGCUGCCCGGAGUGAGCAUCCACUGCUGCGAUUCUGACUUGUGUAACGGCGCCCCCUCCCGACACCCAGGCUUACUGCAUUACAUCUGCCUGCUGGUCAGCCUAACCAUGGUGUGGAUGCAACUGUGAUGAGGAUAUUGCCUGAGGAUGACAGGACCUGUUUACAACCAUUCCCUGGAAAUAGUAUCAGUGGCAGUUCAAUGGAAAACAAAAUUUUCUCAUGUUUUGUCCUUCUAUAUUUAUGCUUUGAAUAACGUGUCAUUAUAUUGCAUUUCCACUGCCAGUCAGGAAAGGAAUUGAAUUACAUGAGGAAGGGCAGAAUUCAUAUUCCACAUGAAAACAAGUUUAAUUUUUUUUUCAAAUUUAGUUGCACUAUCAGAAGAUGGUUGGACAACUCAGAUCAACCAUCAUUUCUUGAGACAAAUCUGGACCUCCAGUAUGGGAAGGGGGGAGGGGUGUGUGGUGCAGUACAGGACAGUGGAAAAGUUUUGUGCUUUUUGUAAAUAACUGUGUUCUGGUCAUUGUAACCAUUAUUUGCUUAUCAUUACUGAUGUGCAAUUGCUCUUACGAACAUGAAUAAGGUCUGUUUCUAAAGCCGUGUGAUCAGAUGUCAUUUGCCAGUCAUGUUCUUGCAUGGACUACAUUUUCUAUCAUCAUGUGGUUUUUCAAAUAUUUUGAAUUUUCUUCAUAUACAGAUAGUCCUUUUUGGGCUGAUACUAAGUCCCAUGUAUUGCAUGAAUUUGUUGUUGUUUUAUGACUGUAUAUAAAUGAAGAGAUCUUUAAAAUUA